AUGCCUGGGAGUGAGCAAAGCAGACGCCAUUCACGUCCUUCUCAUGAUAGCAAACCCGAAGAACUUGGCACUGAUAAAGAUGUUCCAGAUGAUGAGCAUGAAGCAUCCGAGGGAGUCCAUAUUGCAUUUAGCAAAGUCCUUGAAGCUCUGAAUGCACUCAGCAACAAAUAUACUCUGAGUAUUGCCAACAAGCUCUAUGGAGACCAUUCCAUUGCCUUCAUUCAGAAAUUCAUUUCUCAUGCUCUAAACCUCUACCGGACAGAUGUAGAGGGAAUUAAUCUGAAGAAUGCCCCAGAGGAAAUGAGGAAAAUUAUCAAUGAUUGGGUUGAGACUCAGACACAAGAUAAAAUCAAGAAUCUCCUCCUCGGGGACAGCUUUGACUGCCAUGCCCAGCUGUUGCAACUAAAUGCUCUCUACCUCAAGGGACAAUGGAAGGUGAAGUUUAAUAAAGACCUUACAGUAGAAGCUCCAUUUUAUUCACAUUAUGCAACUAAGAAUGACUGCCGGACUGUGCAGAUGAUGAACAGGAAUGGUAUUUACAAUACAGCCACCUUUGAUGCCGGGGAUACUGAUGUUCAAGUGAUUGAGAUUCCUUACAAAGACAAUGAACUGAGCUUAUAUGUGAUGCUCCCAACAGACAGUGGGCCAGAAGCUCUCAAACAACUGGAAGAUUCUCUGACCCAUGAACACCUGCUUGACUGGGCCAGUCAUCUGAAACCUGAGGAGGUGGACCUUUUCAUCCCCAAAUUCAGCUUAGAAAAGAAAUUUUAUCUCAAUCAAUGCCUGGGUCUGCAUGAUCUUUCUGAUCCUAAAAAGGCUGACUUCUCUCAAGCAACAACCACAGAAGGAGUGACUCUUACACAGCUGGUCCAUGACGCCUUUUUUGAAAUCAAUGAAGAGGGUUGCGAGGAAGUAGAGGACCCACGUUUGUGCCGGGAUAGGCGUUCACAUCGAAAAGCCCUGGAAUUUAUGGUUGACCAUCCUUUCCUUUAUUUUAUCUACCAUAAAUGCACCCAGAGUAUCAUUCUCUUCGGCAAAUUCUCUAAACCAGAAUAAAAGGACCCAUGUGAUUCAUACAAAGCACACACACACACAUAGGAGCGCGAAUACGGAAAACCUAUUUUUGAUUAUGGCAGUCCUCUGGAUUUUUUCCUCUUUGCCACAUUCUCUGGACUGCUUAGUCUUUGCAGAGAUUUGGGACAAAGAAGCUUUCUACUUGGUGGUAGGCCAAAUUCUUACAGUGCAACCAGAACGCUUCAAGGCUUCAUGCCCCGUCUUUUACUGUGUAUAACUGUUCAGCUUUUUUAAAAAAACAGUCUUCCUCCUGAUCUUUUCUUGAGAUCCAGAUUGUCACAUGUUAGCAUAUAAUUAAAUACCUGCAACUGAGGAGGAACACAGCCACUUCUUUUUUACAUGGAGAUCUUAUCAGCACCACAUUUUUCUCUUGCGAUAAAGUCAGUCCAAACAGAGUGCAGCAAAAAUGAGAUUUGGUGUGGUGUGCCACUAUCUUUGGAAUCUGCUUCUUGACACCAGCCUUCCUAUUGCUUCACGAUAUAGCCUGCCUAAGUAAUCCAUUUCCUAAAGUCAGCAUAAUAGUGUCAUCCUACCUACCCAAAUGGAAGUGAGCCUCUCUGAAAUCAGUGGCAUAUAUUUCUGUGUAAACAUGGAUGAGGUUUCACUGCCUCCAUCUACACUGCCAUAGAAAAUCCAGAUUAUCUGAUUUGAACUGGAGUAUAUGGUGGUGUAGACUCAUAUAAUCCAGUUCAAAUCAAAUAAUGUGGUUUAUCUGAUUUGAUAAUAUGGAUUAUAUGGCAGUGUGGAUCCAGCCACUGUUAAAAUAUAAUAUGGUAUGGUUGUUUUAAAGAGCAAGUAUCAACAAUGAAAAAUCUCUAUGACUUUUGCUUUGCAUUGCAAGAUGGAAAUCUCUACUAAAUCUUUUUCCUUGACUUGAACUGUAGCUUUUAUAUCACAAUAAACUAAGCAUU